CCUCACAGUUUCUUUGAUAAAAUAAAUUUUCUUUCCAUUUUUUUGUUAUUCUUUCUUUCCUUUGUCGUCUUCAAUGAAAUAAAAGAGAGCAAAAUUUCCUUAAACCCUAACCCUUCUUCACCUAAAACCCUAAAAACCAUGAACAAUGACAACGAUCCAAUAGCAAUGGAAGCCCAAUCUGAACCUUCCAAAAAUGCCCAAUCUCUUCAAACCCUAGCUUCAGGUCCUCUCUCGUCUUCGCUUUCCUCACUGGCUUCCUCUUCCCGAACCCUCCCUUCCAAUCAAGACUUUCAUUUCUUUAACAACUUCGACGAUUUCAGACUCCCCAUCGAUCGAAUUGCUAAAACAUCCGAUUCUUUGCUCCAAUUCAUUGGUUCGUCGUCUAAAACCUGGGACCCUAACAAUGCGAUCCAUUUCCCUAAUAACAUUGACAGUAUAACCGAUGAUGAAGCUUAUCGUUGGCUCGUUGAUAUGAACGACGAUAUCCUGGAACAAUUCGACGUUUCCGUGGACGAAUUUCAAGAGAAAGAAGAGAAAACGGGUCGCCUUUUCGGGUCGGAUCCGGACAAUAACGGGUUUAAAUUGGUUCAGGGGAAGAAAAAGAAGAAAGGGGAUAGUGGGCUAAUGAGUGACUCGGUUUGCGAGUCACUGAGUACGAAGGAAGGUGGCUCUUCCAAUUCUUAUUCUGGAGCCAAGGUGAAGAAAGGGGCAUUGACAAUGGUGACGACGGGGAAAGCGAAGGUUCCGUUUCAUGUACCGACAAUACGGAAGCCGCAAGAAGAGUACAAUAUUCUUGUGAACAAUUCGAAUCAGCCUUUUGAACAUGUUUGGUUGCAAAGGAGUGAGGAUGGGUUGCGUUUUGUUCAUCCACUGGAGAAACUCUCUGUUAUGGAUUUUGUGGAUAAAGAUAUAGCAAAUCUUGAACCCAUAAGACCCCCAUCAAUAGAAUCUACCCCAUUCAAGCUGGUGGAGGAAGUAAAAGAUUUGAAGGAGUUAGCAGCUAAAUUACGCAAUGUGGAUGAGUUUGCGGUUGAUUUAGAGCAUAACCAAUAUCGAUCUUUUCAAGGAUUGACUUGCUUGAUGCAAAUUUCCACCAGAACCGAGGAUUUUAUUGUAGAUACUUUGAAGCUUCGAAUUCAUAUUGGCCCAUAUCUUAGAGAAGUAUUCAAGGAUCCCAUGAAGAAAAAGGUUAUGCAUGGAUCAGACAAGGAUAUCUUGUGGCUUCAACGGGACUUUGGCAUAUACUUGUGCAAUCUCUUUGACACUGGACAGGCCUCAAGGGUCUUGAAAUUGGAAAGAAAUAGCUUAGAACAUCUUCUGCAACACUACUGUGGAGUUACUGCCAACAAAGAGUACCAGAAUGCAGAUUGGAGAGUGCGUCCUCUUCCUGAUGAAAUGCUCAGAUAUGCUAGAGAAGACACACAUUAUUUGUUGUAUAUUUAUGAUUUAAUGAGAAUCAAAUUGCUAUCAAUGCCCAAGGAACCCAUACAUUUUGAUGCUCCUUUGGUAGAGGUUUAUAAGCGAAGUUCUGAUGUAUGUAUGCAACUGUACGAGAAAGAGCUGCUGAUGGAGAAUUCAUAUCUCCAUAUAUAUGGGUUGCAGGGCGCUGGUUUCAAUGCUGAGCAGCUAGCAAUUGUUGCUGCGCUUUGUGAAUGGCGAGACAUUAUUGCCCGUGCCGAGGAUGAAAGUACCGGUUACGUCUUGCCAAACAAAGUGCUUCUUGAAAUUGCCAAGCAGAUGCCUGUAACUGCUAGCAAGUUACGUCGAUUGUUGAAAUCUAAACACCCAUAUGUGGAGCGAGAUAUUGGUACAGUUGUUAGCAUCAUCAGGCAAUCUAUGCAGAAUUCUGUUGUGUUUGAAGCUGCUGCCCAACAACUUAGAAUGGGGCGCCUGCUAAAUGCAUCUGGAGAACAUGUAGCAGUUAAUGAGGGAGCAGAAGCCUUACCUCCUGAGACUCCUACAGACUCGAAAAUCGCAAUUGAUACAACAGAAAUCAUAGAUGGUGGUAUGUGGGGGCCAGAUAAGAGAACUGCACAUCCUGCUUCUACUCAACAUAGAGCUGAAUUGUUAAAAAUUGGAAGCAGUAUUUCUGGACUGGACAUGGUAAAAAACCAAACAAGAUUGUCUUUUGAGCCAGACAUUAUGUUGAUGUCCGCAAGAGAAAGAGAAAGUAUUACCAUCUCAGGGCUAAGUGGAGAAGCAAAUGCUUGGCCAGUUAUUUCACCUUCAGCAAAGAUUGCUACUGGAGCAACCGUUCCGGUUCUAAAGAAACCAAGCCAUGGCUUUGGGUCACUUCUGGGGAAUGCUGCCUCAAAGAAGAAAUCUGAUGUUGAUAAAAUGAAGGAAAAAGGCAAGUUGGAGCAGAUCAGAUCAUCAGUGGAUCUUUCAUUUCACUCCUAUUCGGGUACCAAGGAGCAGCCAGAACCUGCAACAAAGGAUACAACUAGAUCACUGGAAGUUUCACGACCUGAAGAACCUCCUACCAUGGAAGCUACUGAAUCGACAUCGGAAAAUAUCAUACUGUUUGAAGAUAAAUUGAACAAAAAGGAAACCAAUAAUGGUAACAGUAGCCCAGAAGAUGAAACUAUGUCCCUAUCAGAAUUAUCUACCAGCUUCCAACAAUGCUUGCAGUCCAUCAAUGAUCAAAACAGAAACAUGGUUAAAGUCGAGAAACCAAAAGAAGCCAUUGAUGUUCCGCAAAUGAAGCCAUUUGAUUAUGAAGCAGCCAUGAAAGAGGUUAAGUUUGGAGAAGAAAUUGCAUGGGAAGAAUCUGGAAACCAAUCCAACUCUGCAGGUAAGAAGAAAAGUUCAGCCAUUGACAGACUGCAAAUCGAUGAUGGGACUAAACAAUUUCCUCAAGCUAGACGGCGACCUGCAUUUCCGGCAUCUGGAAAUCGAAGUGCAACUUUCCGUUGAGGUCUCUCCCAUGGUGAAAAAUCAAAAUCCAUGUAAGAGAAUUUUUAAAAAAAUGCAUUUUUUUCAUCUUAUUUUGAAAAUGUAGAGAUUAAAAUCUUUUAUCAAUAGAAUGAAAAUUGAAAAUUGAAA